CCUUUUUCUUUUUUUUUUUUUUCUUUCUUUUCUCUUUUUCAAUAUUCUCUCUUUUCUUUUUCUUUUCUCUCAUGACAUUUGGUAACGACUUGCAAGAUCAAAUUCCGGCAAUAAACGAUUAUGUUGGUGAAGGACUUCAGUCUUUGAAUCAAUUUCGGAACUUUGUAAGAGAUAAAAGUCAUCUCGAAAGGGAAUAUGCUCAAAAAAUGGAACACUUGGCAAAGAAAUAUAAGACUGCCAAGAAACAAACAUUGGACACCACAACUAUCUCGACAAACGACGAUAUGGAAUGGGAUGACUCUACAAGUACUUCUGCUUUAGCUUGGCAUUCUUUAUUACACCAAACAGAACUACUGGCGAAAUCAAGAUAUCAAUUAGUGGAGGAUUUAAAUAAUUCAAUUACUGAACCUGCCAAAGCUACCAUGACAAGAAAAGAAGAAGCCAAGAAAAAGCAUAUUGCCUUCUUUCAUAAACUCAAAAGUGAAAGGGAUAAGACAUAUUUGGAUAAGGAUAAAGCAAAACAAGCAUAUGAUGAUGCAUGUUCAGAAAUCGAAUCUGUCCGGAUCAAAUUAAAUAAACCAACUGGGGAUAACGAAAAGUUACAACGACAACUCGAUCACGCUAUCUUGGAAUGCAAUAACAAAAAGAAUAGUUAUUUAUUGGCCUUGGCUGUGGCAAAUGCAGAACGAACAAAAUACUUUGAAGUUGAUAUUCCUUCGCUAGCAGACAAUUUACAAGACCUUGAUGCUACUCGUGUGCUGGCCAUGCGUGAUCUUUAUGCUAAAUAUGUCAACAUAGAACUCCAGGCCUUGGCGAAAUCUCAAAACUAUUAUGAUACUGCCAUGAUGGAUAUUAGCAAGAUGGACCCUGAAGUAGAUGAAAACCUGUUUGUAAGGGAUGCCCUUGGAUCAACCACCAAUAAUAACAAUAACACUGAAUUUACUUUCCUCCCCUGGACUGGUGCUUCUAUAGAUUCUACGACGAUUGAUACUGAUGAUAGUCUCGUCAUCAGUGAUUCGUCCAUCAUAUUCCUCAACAAUAAAUUGGUCAAGGAUAGAAAGAGAUUGGAUACCAUUGGAGAUGAACUAUCUAAACGAUCAAAAGAUUUAGCUGAUAUGGAUACAUAUGUACGGUCAAUCACGGAUAAAGCACAACCCGAAUAUGACGUUGCUAGAGAGCAAUUAAUGGAUUUGUCGAGGGAAAUGACGAUAUUGGCAACACAGAAAGCUCGAGUCAAAAGUGAAAUUGAUGUGAUCAUUCAUUGUAUAGGAGAUGAUGGACUUUCCGCUCAAAUACAUGAUUUCAAACCCUCUUCUUUUACUAUACCUACAACUUGUGACUAUUGCAAAAGUACUAUUUGGGGUCUGUCGAAACAAGGAAUGACAUGCAAAGUUUGUGGGUUCAACUGUCAUGCCAAAUGUGAAAUGAAAGUAGCACCCAAUUGUUCUGGUGUUCGAGGGAAAAUCAAUCAACAACCAUCUUCCAGUAAUAUUUCCAUCAUGUCCAGUGCACCUCGUCAUUCUACUAGCAGCAACCGAUCUUUCCUAUCAACCACCCCAACCACUCCUAUCACAGCAACUAUGCCUACUACUACUACUACUAGUACAUCUCUUUUGGAGGCUCUUUAUUAUUAUGAAGCACAGAAUGACGAUGAACUCACUAUUAUGGAAGGUGAUCGUUUGACUAUUGUGGAAGAUUCCGGUGAUGGAUGGAUCAAAGUACGUCGAGGCAACGAUAUUGGCGUGAUUCCAGCAAAUUAUGUCGGUCCCGUCACAACAUCUCAAGAAGACAACAAUGAUCAUUCAUUGGAAACAACAUGCCAUGAUUCUACACCAGAUACUGUUGAACAACCUAUCACGGAAACGACUCCAGAUUAUGUUGUUGCUCUAUAUGACUUUCAAGCUGUGAAUGCUGAUGAAUUAAAUCUACGAGAAGGGGAUACCAUUCUUGUCACCAAACGUGAUGAUAGUGGUUGGUGGGAAGGGGUUUUGAAUGGAACGCCAGGUAUCUUUCCUGCAAACUAUGUUGGUACCAAAUAGGACAUGAUGAAACACAUAGAUAGCGUAGAUUUGAUAGUCUAUUAUGUAUAUUUAUAUAUAUAUAUAU